UUAUAGGAAUUGAUGGAGGCAGAAGCUGGGACCAACAAAACCGCAGUCGCUGAGUUCAUCCUGCUGGGCUUGGUGGAGACACCGGAGCUGUGGCCAGUUGUCUUUGUGCUCUUCCUCUUUGCCUACCUGGUCGCCAUCGGGGGCAACCUCAGCAUCCUGGCCGCCAUCCUGCAGGAGCCCAAACUCCAUACCCCCAUGUACUUCUUCCUGGGGAACCUAUCGGUGCUAGAUAUGGGUUGCAUCAGUGUCACUGUUCCCUCCAUGUUGAGUCGACUGUUGUUCCAAAUACCUGUGAUCUCCUACAGCUCAUGCCUCACACAGCUCUUCUUCUUCCAUUUUUUUGUUGGGGUGGACUGCUUCCUGUUGACUGCCAUGGCCUAUGACCGAUUCCUGGCCAUCUGCCGGCCCCUCAGCUAUAGCACCCGUAUGAGCCAGACAGUCCAAAGGAUGUUGGUGGCUGCGUCCUGGGCUUGUGCCUUCACCAAUGCCCUGACACACACUGUGGCCAUAUCCACACUCAACUUCUGUGGCCCUAAUGUGAUCAAUCACUUCUACUGUGACCUCCCACAGCUCUUCCAGCUCUCCUGCUCCAGCACCCAACUCAAUGAGCUCCUGCUCUUUGCUGUGGGUUUCAUUAUGGCGGGUAGCCCCAUGGCUCUCAUCGUCACCUCCUAUGCCCAUGUGGUAGGUGCAGUCCUGCGAAUGCGCUCUGCUGAGGGCAGGAAGAAAGCCUUCUCCACAUGUGGUUCCCACCUCACUGUAGUUGCCAUAUUCUAUGGUUCAGGUAUCUUUAACUACAUGCGACUAGGUUCAGCUAAGCUUUCAGAUAAAGAUAAAGCUGUUGGGAUCUUUAACACUGUCAUCAACCCCAUGCUGAACCCAAUCAUCUACAGCCUCAGGAACCCCGAUGUGCAGGGUGCCCUCUGGAGGACGUUCAGAGGGGUGCAAUCCCUGCACUAG